AUGGUUGGAAAAGGCAAAACAGCAUUCACAACUCUCACCCCUUCCGAUUCAAACCACGUGAUGCAUUCAUCGUUACGUCAUCAAUUACGCCACCAGCCACAUCAACCACAACAGCAGCUGCAGCAGCAGCAACAACAACAAGUUCAAAAUCGAGAAGAAUCGAAUGCCAGUUCAAUGCAAUAUUCGUCGUUCGCUUGCCCACGCUGUUCCGAGAAUAAAGAUUUAUGGAAAACCAACAAAAAAAUUUCAAAAAGUAGCUGUCGGAAAUAUAUCUAUGGUUUUCUGUUCGUUGCCAUGCCAACCUUUUUUUGGAUACUUUUGACUGUUUAUCUCUUCACAGCUUGCAAGCAGCAACUACAAAAUGUUAAAGAUCGGGUUUUGUGGAGGUCGAUGGUCGUCAGUGUCCUGAAAGGAUAA